CGAAAACCAACAACCUGCAUUCAUUUCGAUGGUUUACAUAUAACAUAAACGAGUUCUUGGUGUCCAUUUCAGUGUACGAAUAAAAGGAGCACAUUUGGAGCAAUCUUCAAACAUGAAAUUACAUCACCUCAGGAAAUCUGUAUCGUCAACUGUCAGAGCAAAUCAGUGCAUUUAAUAUUUCAGGAUUGACGGAGGGAAAUUAAAAGAAAGCUGAAAUCGCCUCGUCAGUUCGCAAAGCAACGCAGAGAAGCCAAAUUAUGCCACCGGAGAGGUGUUUCUCGAAUUAAUUCAUCUCCCAUCCCGUCGCUGGGCGAGCUCGCAAUCCGUACCGCUGCCGCGCCCGCCACUGGAGUAGAGAGAAAAAAAGGAAACGAACAAGUUGCAAAUUUAAAAACAUCUACAUUUUUGUUCACCGCACUCACGUCGUCGACCCUUUUCUGGUCACUGGUUCUCUGGAAGAAAAACAUGCUCGGACCGGGCCCUAAAAGUAUUUCAUUCCAUAAUAAAAGAUUGCGCUAAAGAUUGCAGCAGUGAAAAUAUCGGAAGAGGAGGCAGACCGGAGCCCUGAUGAUGCCAGCGAAAAAUUCGUUGCGAAAUUAAGGGAAACGGACGCUGGAUCCAGCGGAAAACAAGCACCAGCAAAGGAGAAUCUGUUUUUUCGUCUUCGGACGACGCAUUUUUUUCUCUUACUGCUGCAACUGAACAACAAGAGACACAGCCAAAGAAAAGAGCAACUACAAUACCGAAGAAGAAAAUUAUAUAAUGGACAAAUUUUUUGCAGCUGUAUCAUUAUUUCGUCGUCGAAAAUAUGAUGAGUGCAUCGAGGUGUGCAACGAGCUGCUGCAGAAUAAUGCCCUUCAUCAAGGUCCUUGGGAGCUGAAGAUGCGAUCUAUGACCCAGCGAGUGUACAUCGACGAUAUCGAAGCGGACGACGAUGUGCCAGGUACGGUGCUGUGCGCACGGAAUGUGUGGCACAAGUGUAAGGAGGACAAGGCAGGAUCCGAGGAUAUUUUAGAUACGCAAACUAUCGCAACGGCCCCUAGGCCGGGCACCUCGAUUCGAACAGCGGCCCUGAAUAACUCAACCAUUACAGGAAAGGCCUCAGCAGCUGGAACCCGACCGCGAACCGGCACUGGUAGACCGAUAACCGGCAUUUCUCGCCCGGGAACGCUUUCGCUGCAACGACCUGGAUCCACUUUGGGCAACAAGACUGCCCUGAAGACGUCACGUACCGCAGGAUCUGCAAGGAAUAUUCGACUCGGAUCGGCCUCGAUGUUUGCUGUGGGUGAUCCUACAGGGCCACUGUUUCACAUCUCUCGUUUACAUCCGGAAAAGUACGCCGAGAAGGAACACCUUUCGAAGCCAUUGUUUCAAUAUCUAUACUACCACGAAGGGGACAUUCGCAAAGCUAUGGGACUUUGCGAUGCAGUCCUGAAAUUGAAACAAUCUGCGGCCGGUUGGUGGUGGAAUACUCAGAAGGCUCGUUGUCUCAUAACAACUGGUAGUCCCCGAGAAGCAGAACAAUAUCUUAACACAGCUCUAGCUGAAAUUUAUCACCAAGACACGGUACUUCUUCUAGCGAGAAUCUACAUUAAAAUAGAUCAACCAACUGCGGCACUUGAAGUGUGUAAGACCGCUCUCGAAAAGCUCCCGAACGAUGUCACCAUCCUUACCCAGCAGGCCAGAAUUCUGGAACUGGUAGGCAACCUAACGGCGUCGGUACGCCGCUAUCGACAAAUCUCCCAACUGGAUUCGAUGAACACCGAAGCGUUGGCAUGCAUUGCUGUCAGUUAUUUCUACGGUAAUCAACCGGAAACUGCUUUGUUGUACUAUCGAAGAAUUCUGUCGAUGGGUGCGCAUAGUGCUGAGCUCUAUUGCAACAUUGGACUCUGCUGUCUGUACGGAGGCCAACUGGAUUUGGUCUUUCCCUGCUUUCAACGGGCCAUUCGAAUGGCAACAAGUCCGGAGCUUAAAGCCGAUAUUUGGUACAAUCUGAGCUUUGUAGCGUUGACAACCGGGGAUGUCCAUUUAGCUCGGCGAUGUUUACGUCUCUGCAUUGCCACCAAUGGCAGCCACGGACCCGCACUGAACAACAUGGCCGUGAUGGUUGCCCAUCAAAAACAAUAUGCAAAAGCUAAAUCGUAUCUGGUUUCCGCAAAAGUUGCUCUACCGACUAGUGAGGAGAUUUCGGCCAAUCUAGAAUUCAUCGAAAACUUUGAGUAGAAGUGAAAUAAAUGAACUUCAUUAUUUGAUAUUCAUAAAAAGAAGUCAGUUUCCUCGCGAAAACA